UUGUAGUCAAGUAUAUCUACCGAUUACAGACAUUUUCAUCUAUAAUCAUGAAUUAUUAUUCGUCAUUUUAUGCACAAUUGUUUUCACGCAAUUUUGGACACAGGACAACAUUCAAAUAAUUAUAUCAUAGAUUCACUUUAAGGAUUCAUCAAUGACUAAAGAUAAAAAGUUGAUCCUGCAUGCUGUGCACUGUGUAUCAACGUACUGCCUAUCCACAAACUGCACCGUACUUUUUUUAUUAUUUUUGCCAAAUACACCACGUUUAUAAUAGAAAUAUAAACAAUGGCUGCCUAUAUCAAUCGAACAAUUGUACAAUCGUCCAUGAUUGGAGGGGACAGCCAACUUCGAUCAUCAGAUAUUAGAACUGAUAAUUCUCCUCUACAGAUUUUUGUGAAGGCGAAGAAAAGAAUAAAUGAUGUAUUUGUGGAUAUAGAAAAAUAUGUGGAAGAAACUGUAGAAUUUAUGACAUCAUUACAAAAUGACCGAAAUAUUGUAACAGUGGAAGAGGCUGUAAUGGUCAAAAAUUACGUUGAUAAAGUGCGUGGAAUAAAAGAUGUCCUUAGAAGGGAUCAUAUGAAAGUUGCCUUUUUUGGCAGAACAAGUAAUGGAAAAAGUACAGUUAUUAAUGCUAUGCUGCGCGAUAAAAUUUUACCAAGUGGUAUAGGACACACCACAAACUGUUUCCUGCAAGUUGAAGGUUCAGAUAAUGGAGAAUCGUACCUUAUUACGGAAGGAUCAACGGAAAAACAGCCAGUUCAAUCUGUCGGGCAGUUGGGUCAUGCUCUUUGUAAAGAGAAAUUAUGCGAAAGUCAUUUAGUGAGAAUAUUUUGGCCAAAGGAGAAAUGUUUAUUGCUGCGAGAUGAUGUAGUAUUUGUCGAUAGUCCAGGAGUAGAUGUAACUCCAAAUCUUGAUGAAUGGAUCGAUAAACAUUGUUUAGAUGCCGAUGUUUUUGUCUUAGUAGCAAAUGCUGAAUCUACUUUGAUGGUCACAGAAAAAAAUUUCUUUCAUAAAGUUUCGACCAAAUUAUCAAAACCGAAUAUAUUUAUUUUAAAUAAUCGAUGGGAUGCCUCUGCUUCUGAACCAGAAUUUUUUGAUCAGCUGGUCAAAGAACAAAAGGAGGUAAGAGCACAACAUCAGGAACGGGCUAUUGACUUUUUAUCAAAGGAGUUAAAAGUUUACAGCCCAAAGGAUGCUGAAGAACGAGUUUUUUUUAUUUCUGCGAAAGAAACUCUUCAAGCCCGUAUGCAAGAACAACGUGGUCAACCUGCUCACAAUGGUGCAUUGGCAGAAGGUUUCCAAAAUCGAUAUUUUGAAUUUCAAGAUUUUGAAAGAAAAUUUGAAGAAUGUAUUUCAAAGUCUGCAGUAAAGACCAAAUUUGAACAGCACUCUCAACGUGGUAAACAUAUUGCAACCGAAAUACGUCAAGCAUUAGAUGAGAUAUUGGAUCGAAUACAAAAGAUGCGAAGUGAACAAUUGAAUAUUAAAAAAGAAGUUCAUGACAAGUUGAAUUUCACUGAACAACAAUUGAUGUUGUUAACUCAAGAAAUGAAAGACAAAAUUCAUCAUAUAGUAGAAGAUGUAGAACAAAGAGUUUCUAAAGCUUUAAAUGAAGAAAUUCGACGAUUAGCUGUUCUAGUGGAUGAAUUUAGUGUUCCAUUUCAUCCUGAACCACUUGUUUUAAAUGUAUUUAAACGGGAACUUCACGCACAUGUAGAAAAUGGCUUGGGAUCGAAUUUACGAGCUCGACUUAGCACUGCUUUAGCAUUGAAUAUAGAAAAUUCGCAACGAGAAAUGACCGAAAGAAUGGCAAGUUUAUUGCCAGAAGACAAAAGACAAAUGUCGCUUAACAUUUCACCACGACGAGAACCAUUUGAAAUACUAUAUCGAUUAAAUUGUGAUAAUUUAUGCGCGGAUUUCCACGAGGAUCUAGAAUUUCGUUUUUCUUGGGGUUUAACGGCAAUAAUUAAUAGAUUUGCAGGGAAACAAAGUCACAGAUUAGCUAUUGCUAAUUAUCCGCAAGAGAUUCCACCAUGUAUUGCAUCACCCGCAGAAAGUACUGAUUCCUUAAAAUUUAUUUCAAAUACACCAAACUUCCCACCAAGAACUGAAGAUUGGCCUCUAGUUAGUCGUAUAGCAAUUGCAUCUGUAACGUCACAGGGUACAAUGGGUGGUCUUAUUGUUGCUGGUUUUAUGUUAAAAACGAUAGGUUGGAGGUUAAUUGCAAUAACUGGUGCAAUAUAUGGUGCUUUAUAUCUGUAUGAACGUCUAACGUGGACUAAUAAUGCGAAAGAACGCGAAUUUAAACGACAAUAUGUCGCGCAUGCUACCAAGAAGCUUCGAUUGAUUGUAGAUCUUACUUCUGCAAAUUGCAGUCACCAAGUGCAACAGGAGCUCUCCAGUACAUUUGCGCGACUCUGUCAUUUAAUAGAUCAAGCAACAUCUGAUAUGGAUAAUGAACUUAAAACCAUAGCAAAUACUUUGGCAAUAUUAGAGAAAGCAGCAUUCAAGGCAAAGCAUCUUCGAAAUGAGGCCAACUUUUUAAUAAACGAACUCGAUACAUUUGAUGCAGCAUAUUUGAAGCCUUUGAAUUAAGUAAACGAUCUAUUUUAUACAAAUCUGCAAAUGUAUUAAAAUAGCAUAAUUUGUGGAGGAACAUUUUUAUGCGAAAAUUAUUUAAAUUUGAUUAUUAUUCAUCCUUCAUUCUAAGAAAAAAACGAUAAUUAAUCUUUUGUGACAAUUAAGUGACAGCAAUUUACAUGCAAAGAUAUAGAUUUGUAUUCUCAUUGUACAUUUAAAACUUAGAACAGUUAUCUAAUUCUCAUAUUUGCAUGAAAAAUGUAAUUUUUAUAUUAGAAAUAUCGGACAGUCUUCUGAAGGAAUGUUUCUACCUGAUAUAAAAACUCUAGUCUUAAUAUAUAUGAAAAAAAUAAUUUCUUAUAAUAAGUUGUGUUAAAUAACUUAUUGUUGUAACAAUUUCUUUUACAAUAGAAAACUAUAAUAGUUCCAUAUCAAUUAUGUAAUCGAUUAUGUCAAACAAGAGAGAAGGACAGAUUUAGUAUUAUCCUACAUUGUAUUAUCCUACAUUUUUACAUGCAUUUGAUUAUAUUGAAGAUUAUAAAAUAUGUAUUCUAUUGAAUAGGUAUGAUAAAAUUUAAAUCAAUCAAGUUUAUCUUAGAUCUGCUAUCGAGGUACAAAUCUUAUUUGAUUAAAAAAAUAAACAAUACAAAUUUAUAUUCUUAUUAGAUUGUAUAAUACCGGAAAAUUUAUCGAAAAAUAUAUGUAUAUUAAUUAUAAAACUAUAAAUAAAUGUGGUUAACUAUUAAAUAAUAA